AUGAAGAGAAAAGAAAUUUACGGCCACCCUGAUGCUGCGGUCGGAACGAUAAAAAUGGAUCCGCGAGUGCUGCCCGUGCGAUAUCGUCCAUCAUCAGUGUCGGCUCGACCGCAUCGACGAUCUUCCUAUCGAUCCGCUUCUUCUUCAGGCUCGUCGGUAUCCACUUCUUCUAAAAGCAUUGACUCUCAAAAUAUUGCGCCCGCUAUUGCGCUCUUUGGUGCGGAAGGCAAAACGGGUCACCACUUUCUCCGCCUGGCACUAGAUGCAGGGUACAAUGUCAACGCCUACCUCAGUCCCAAGGUUUCGUUGCGCUCGUUGGAAGAAUUUGCACAUCAACCCAGUCUGUCCGUGACAACAGGCAAGUUAGAAGACAUCGAACAGCUAGAGCAAGCAAUCUCGGGUGCACAGUAUGUUGUAUGUAUGCUAAACGAUACGUUGCCUGGCAAAAAAGAAUACCCCGCGGGAUGCCUUGUCUCGUUUGUAAAUCGCUUGUACCCCAUUCUUCAGCGGGAAUCCUCUGUUCAACUGCUGAUCUUUCAAUCUACGUCGUUGGCGACUAGCGUGUCUGGUCCUACUCCUUUACUAUCCAAAGUGGUAAAAAGAGCAGCACGAAGACGGUGUGCCUUUACAAAAGAUCAGGACGCCGUCGUCCGAUACAUUGCCGCCCAACAUGGGCUGCGCCAGCCGAAACAAUCAAAUACUAUCAUCGGACCCGAGAAAAGAAGCUCGGUUGGCCAAAGGUCGAUCAAAGCUGACGAUCAAAGUUCCGUCACUCGGACCGAUUGCUGCGACGAUGCGUUACCACCACACUUUUCGUUUAUUGUGACACGUCCGACUAUACUUCUCAAAGACGGCCCUCCGUCCAAGACGUUAUCCGCUUCAAAAUCGCAACCUGGUCUCUUUCCAGUGGCACACGUAGAUCUCGCCGAGUUCACAUUGACCGCCCUACAAAACGAGAAGCUCUACAACACGAGUCCUUACGUCGUGGCAGACAUCUUUUAGAGUAAAGGGUCAAUCAUAAACAAUUAUUCGUUCAUAUGCGUUCAUUCACUUCUACAUUACAACAAAGACAGAGCAGCAAAACAAAGCUAUACAGGUAAUGUAAAAUCAGCUCUGAAAUGCCAAGCACCGUUCUUGACCCCCAUGAAGCUCAUUUUGGACAUUCAAAAUCGAUUGUCCUGUCGAGCUCACAUACCUCGAGUAAGACAAAAGUUAACACAAAGACUCAAGAUACCGCUUGUCUCAAAGAGGUCCGCCCACUACGUUCUACCUAUAGUUAGUGACCAGCGUUCUACUCAACAUUGCACAAGUAAGCGGCUCGACAUACAACCGGAGGUUGAAUUACAGUGAAAACAUUUAGCUGAGCAACAUCAAGGAGCAUUCUUGGGAAUUGGAAGACUCGAUCUGGACAAGGCCUACAAUCAAAACCCAAUACACAAAAAGGUUGGAACUGCUACUUUUCCUAUUUGCUGACAUCGAGGAUGCUGCUAAAGCAUCUCCAAUUGUUCCGGUGGCAAAGCAGCAGCUCUCGCCUUUUCUUAUUGCUGAUUGUAUUCACAUCACCUUGUCUAGCUGGCGUCGAAUCUUUACAAGCCACAAGAUAUUCGAUGCCACCCGUGCGAAUUCAGUUUCAGAUCGCCAAUGAUAAUGUUGAUCGGAUCGAAUUGGAGCGACAGCUGCGAUCUAUCUUCGCUAUUCGCUUGAGUUCAGUUUUUU